CGAAGAUGGCGGGUGGCGUGGACGGCCCCAUAGGGAUCCCGUUCCCCGAUCACAGCAGCGACAUCCUCAGCAGUCUGAAUGAGCAGAGAAACAACGGGCUGUUGUGCGACGUGGUCAUCUUGGUGGAAGGCCAGGAGUUCCCCACCCACCGCUCCGUCCUGGCGGCGUGCAGCCAGUACUUCAAGAAGCUCUUCACCUCAGGGUUAGUGGUGGACCAGCAAAACGUGUAUGAGAUAGACUUUGUGAGUGCGGACGCCUUGUCGGCUCUGCUGGAGUUCGCUUACACCGCGACCCUUACCGUCAGCACUUCAAAUGUCAACGACAUCCUCAAUGCCGCCACACUGCUGGAGAUCCCGGCGGUAAGGGAUGUUUGCACGGAUCUCCUGGACAGGAAGAUUCUGGCCAAAAAUGACCAGAUGGAUACAGUAGAUCAAAUUGAUCAAAGGAACCAUCUCAGAGCAAAAGAGUACCUGGAGUUCUUCCAGAGCAACCCCGUCAACGGCCACCAAGGCAGCUUUCCGUGGACCAACCCAGAGUUGAGAGACCUUCAGAGACUGAACUUCCGAGGCCAAGAGGAGGAGGAGGAGCCGGACUGCAAUGGCAUAGACUUCUACUCGCAAGCCCCCCUAAACGAAAGACCAAAGGCAAAUGACUGUGAUCCUGACAGCAACCCAGCCAUGUGGCUGGACAGAGAGGAGGAGGAGGCGGCGGCUCCUGGCUCCUUGUUUUCACCUUCUCAGAACGGACAUUACAGCGGCCGCGGCCCGCCCACACCGGGAGAAGAGGAGGGGACCCCGGGGGGGCCUCUGGACCAGCAGGAAGCCGGCGACUCCCCCAGCUUCGUUCCUGCUGGAGCGGAGACGGAGGAUGAUGCGAGGGAGGUGGAUGGCUUGGCUGCUAGCGCCCUGCUGCAGCAAAUGAUCAAUUCCGUGGGGAGACAGCAGCUCGGGGAGGACGACCGAAAGGAUGAUGAUGGGGUCAUGGAUUAUUACUUGAAAUAUUUCGGCAGUUCGAACGAGGGCGAUGUCUAUCCGUCCUGGUCCCAGAAGGUGGAGAAGAAGAUCAGGGCAAAAGCAUUCCAAAAGUGCCCCAUCUGCGAGAAGGUGAUCCAGGGGGCUGGCAAGCUGCCGCGCCACAUCCGCACCCACACCGGGGAGAAGCCCUACGAGUGCAACAUCUGCAAAGUCCGAUUCACCAGGCAGGACAAGCUGAAGGUUCACAUGAGGAAACACACGGGGGAGAAGCCGUACCUGUGCCAGCAGUGCGGCGCCGCUUUCGCUCACAACUACGACUUGAAGAACCACAUGCGCGUCCACACCGGCCUGCGGCCCUACCAGUGCGACAGCUGCUUCAAGACUUUCGUCCGCUCCGACCACUUGCACAGGCACCUUAAAAAAGAUGGAUGCAACGGUAUUCCAUCCAGGAGGGGCCGUAAACCCCGGGUGAGAGAUGCCGGGGGUCUGCCUACCACCCCUACGGGGAACCCCGAAGAUGGAAGCUUUCAAGCCGGUGGGGAGAGUCAAGAAUCAGAGGACACCCCGCAGAGGAACGGCCAGGAGCAGCAGCACUUUGAGGAUAAUUCAAAUAAUGAAGCAUCAGGAUUGAAUGUAGCAGGAGGGUCGUCUGAGGGUAACACGCAAGGACUCUCCUAAACCAAAAAACAAAGUGUCACAAAAUCUAGUUAGUACUUUUCCUCCGAUUUUUCUCUUUAAAGAUGUUUCUCUCCCUUUUUUAAAAAAAAAAAACAGAAAAAAAUAUAUAUAUAUAUUAUGUUUCCAAUCUUCCCAUCGUAAGCAGGGCUCCCCCGAGGAUCCCUCAGCAGCCAAGGACCUUUUCUUGGAAAGGCAGAUGCUAGGAAGCGCGGGGUGGGGAUGGAAAGUGGCUCUGUCACAUGGAAAAGAGCUUCCAUGUAAAUCCAAAGCUUUAUUUUGUGUCCAAACACACGUUAAAAAAAAAAAAAACAAACCA